UGAUUUCGCCUUCAACAAAGAAUGGAAGAAAAUGAUAAAAACGAUAACAUUUCUCUCGGAAACUAAAAUGUUAAACGAUAGGUUAUAUAGGAUAUGAAGCGAUAAGAUUUUUUACAAAUCGUAUCGUUUCCUAUCGUUUUCUAUCAAUUUUUUUAAAUCCAGGGAUGGUAUUUAAUGUAAUACACAAGUAUCGUGUAUCAAAGUUUGCUCAUAACGAGACACCUACGAUUGUGCAACAACGUUAACGCCCAGAUUUACUUUUGCGUUCAUGUUAUCGUCAAUGUAACCGAAGACAUGUUACCUCUCUGUAAACUUACGGGAACGAAACUUUAUAAGUAAGCCGCACAUUUUUGUGUCGAGUCUUUCGUUUGAGGUUUUCCUUGCGGCCACACAAUAUGGAAUUACGUGCGUUCCGACUUUUUGUGACGUGCUACCUAACUUGCAUUCUAUGCAGAAAUGCAAUCGGUGGAUCAACAAAUAAAGUUUUCCCGUCAAUUAAUAACGUUUUUGAAUCGGAUGUUGUGAGAAUGUCUGAGAGAGGCAAUACGCAAAUUGAGCGAUCAAUCGAGACAGAAACAAGACCAGAUGGGAUUACUUUGAAGAAUGAUUGGCUUAAGCUUGAAACUCCACUUGUGGAGGAUCUAUCGAUGAAGAUAAGAAACUUGAACGAUUUUAAAAUUGCAGAAUGUUCUAGGUACUGUAUAGAAGAAUUGGGAACUGGCAAAGGUUUUGAAGAUAUUAAUCUUGUUUUGUCAUUCGCCGAUCAGAAUGGAGAAGAUCAUUUUUCCUUAGAAAAUAGUUCAAACUUAAGAAUAUCAAGACAUGUAUCUAUCAAUGAUACAAAUUCAACAAUUUUAGACUACUGUCAAAUCUAUCUUAAUUUGGAUUGUGACAUCGCAAACAUAGAAAGAAAUUUGGUUAUUCGAAACGACGAAUUUUACUCGAAUUCAAAACUUAGUCGACAAAACAUCGAGAUAUUCAAAAAUUAUUUUUCGAAUACUAUCCCAAAAUUUUCGAAAAUAGUGCAUAGGAUUAAUUUGAGUGGAUAUACUGAAAGUAACUUUCAAACUGAUGUCAAUGUAACUGGAAUUGCAAUCAACAUUCUGGGAAAUCUUACGCGUGCAGUUCUGAUAACACCUAUGUAUACAAACAGAGUAGAGAGACCAAGAAUAGUGAUGUCAUUGGGAAGUACAUACAACACGAAAGGGGUGGCUAUCGGCGCGCGCAACGUUCCAGACAGAUGGUGCCUGAAGCUAACGGGGGUGGAAAAUUCAAAAUACAACUUCGACGUGACUGCUUACUACGGGGCAAAUGAGGAAGAUAAUAUGAAGGAUGAUAUUAUUGACCCUAACUUCACGAGUGAGAUUAAUAAAAAUGAGAAUAUGUAUGAGAUAUUAGAUGAAAAACGUAUCACAACACAAAGCAAAGAAUCGGCUAUAAUUAACAAAACUAAACUCGAAUUAAACGAAGAAACUCUCAAAAACACUCACAAAAACAAUAAUAGCGAUUCACAUUUAAUAAGUUCUACAAUAAAUGGAAAGCAAAAAUUUAUAUUUGAGAGAUCAGCAGAAAUUGUGGAUUCAAGAAGAAAUAAUGACGAAAUAAUGGCAGAUGAUUUUUCUGAUAUAUCACUCUCCUCGCGUGAAUCUACUGCAACAAUUGAUAAAAACAUUAUCAAUUUUGUUCUACAUAACAAUUCCUUGAUGAGUUACGGUGAAUUUAAAAUUUUACCAAAUGUGUCAAAUAUCAAUAUUAUGAAGGAGCAAAAAAUUCAGUCGCGAUCAUCAGAAGUCGCAUCGUUAAAUGAAGAUAUCGAUGCAAAGAUGAUAUCCGUCAGUGAGACCGUACCAAUGCAAAUAGCGGAGAAAAAUAGCGAUGAAAGUGAAUUUUCAACAAUUAACGAGGAACCUUUCGAAAGAAGAAAGAUAAUGCUAGAAUUAAAUCCCAACAGUAAAUUGAUUGCUGCACCAGGAACAACCCACAGAAUUUUUUUUGAUGCGAUGAAUAAUUGUGCGCUGCCGGUGAGAUAUGUCAUACGAGCGAGAAGUUCACCAUUUAGAGUCUACAAUGUUCAACCAAUGUACAUGUGGCUGUAUCCAAGGCAGACAAACAGGGUAGCUGUAGAUAUUCUUGUACCAUUGAGUAGCCAAGAUACUGUCAAUACGCUUACAGUGGAGAUUGUUGGUACGGAAAUUUCGGAGAAAACAGUAUAUGUUUACGUUCAAAAUGCAUUUUCUAAGACCUUUGAUACAAAUGUAAAGCCAAAAAUUGAGUAUUCGUUUAAUAGCAACUGCGCCGGUAAGCAGAGCAAAGAUCGUUGUGAAAAGACAUUUUGGAGCGCUGAUAUAACUGCCGAAGCUUAUGACUCAGGUUUGAAGCGUGUAAUAUCAAUUCCAAGUGGGAUAUAUCCACGUACUAAAUAUAUAAGUGGCACGAAAGAUCGUAUAACGUUUUAUUAUUUGUCAACAUGCUGCACAACAACAGCUGUAAUUACAGCGAUAGACGUAUUUGAAAACCAGCAUACUCGUACUAUUAACGUAAACGAAUGGGACAAUCUAGAACAAGGAGAAAUAGCAGCUAUCGUACUUGGUGCGCUACUACUUCUUUUUCUUAUAAUACUUCUUGUUAUUGCAAUAGUUUAUUGUGUUCGUAAAAGGAACAGUCACGAUCUACCUUACACACAAAGAUAUGGAUCUAGACAGCCUCCUGCACGAUCCGAAAGAACAAGCUUCUAAUAAUGCUUGUAGGAAUCAACUAAUGCUAUUAUCAUAACCAAUCAUAUUAUAAAAACUGUAAAUGGAACUGCCGAUGUAUUAUUCACAAUGUGUAUAUAAAUAAAGUAUUUAAUUAA